GGCUUCAAUCGCUGCCGGGCUAUAACAGCAGGUCCGGGUCGCCGUGCGCCGCCGUUGACCUUCGCGUUCCGUACGGUACCGGUUGCUGCCCGCUCCCGACAUGGCGCCCAGGAAGUUCUUCGUGGGGGGCAACUGGAAGAUGAAUGGCGACAAGAAGAGCCUGGGCGAGCUCAUCCACACGCUGAACGGCGCCAAGCUCUCCGCCGACACCGAGGUGGUUUGUGGAGCCCCUUCCAUCUACCUUGACUUUGCCCGUCAGAAGCUCGAUGCAAAGAUUGGAGUCGCAGCACAGAACUGUUACAAGGUACCAAAGGGCGCUUUCACAGGAGAGAUCAGCCCAGCAAUGAUUAAAGAUAUCGGAGCUGCAUGGGUGAUCCUGGGCCACUCAGAGCGAAGACAUGUUUUUGGGGAGUCUGAUGAGUUGAUUGGGCAGAAGGUGGCUCAUGCUUUAGCUGAAGGCCUUGGAGUCAUUGCCUGCAUUGGAGAGAAGCUGGAUGAGAGAGAAGCUGGCAUAACAGAGAAGGUGGUUUUCGAACAGACCAAGGCCAUUGCUGAUAACGUGAAGGACUGGGGUAAAGUGGUUCUUGCCUAUGAGCCAGUUUGGGCUAUUGGAACUGGUAAAACUGCAACUCCACAACAGGCUCAGGAAGUUCAUGAGAAGCUGAGGGGGUGGCUGAAAAGCCAUGUGUCUGAUGCUGUUGCUCAAUCAACUAGGAUCAUCUAUGGAGGUUCAGUCACUGGCAGCAACUGUAAGGAGCUGGCCUCUCAGCAUGAUGUGGAUGGCUUCCUUGUUGGUGGAGCUUCUCUCAAGCCUGAGUUUGUGGAUAUUAUCAAUGCCAGGCACUAAAGCAGCUGGUGAGGAACAGUCCCUUGUGGUUAAGAGCAAGACACGGAAGCAAAAAGGGACCCUUCAUUGCACACGUCUCUUCUGAGGCUUCCCCCAUCCACGGUCAUUGUUGUAGCUGUGCUGCUAACCCCCCACACACCAUGUUGGAGUCCUGUUAGUGGGGGUCUGUCUCAGCAGAGUCUUGACAGCCUCCUCUCUGUGUUGGCAAAAUCCUUGGUUGCCUGUUGACCCAUAGAAGCCCACAGCCCAGCCAUAACCUCCCCCUUUCUCUGCUGUGCUGCAGGGAACAGGGGGCCACUGGUGCUGGAGGAAGGAGAAAAGAACUUUACAGUCUCUUGCAUCCUUCAGCUCCCUCAGCAAGGAGCCUGUCAGCUUAGUCCCUUGUGAGAUGUCUUACCUCACCUAUGUCCCCUACUAAACAAUAAAUGAAAAGAGAAAAAGCAAA